AAUUGACAGAUCAAGAAACCAGAAAGUACAGCAAGUAGCAACUUCAACAUAUCAUCUGCAAAAUGGCCGGGGUUCGGAUUCCGUGAAUGAAGCUCGGAACGCAGGGUCUCGAGGUUUCGAAGUUGGGUUUCGGCUGCAUGGGACUCUCCGGAAUCUACAAUGAUCCUGUUCCUGAGGAAGCUGGUGCAGCAAUCAUCACUGACGCGUUCGCCAAGGGGAUAACAUUCUUCGACACGUCGGAUUUUUAUGGACCCAAAAUCAAUGAAAUUCUUGUUGGAAAGGCGCUGAAGAGGUUGCCACGGGAGGAGGUACAGUUAGCCACCAAAUUCGGUGUUGCAAAAACUGAAGCGGACAAUGUCGUGAUUAAGGGGACACCUGAAUAUGUCCGCUCAUGUUGCGAGUCGAGCCUCCAGCGCCUUGGUGUCAAAUACAUUGACCUCUACUACGUGCAUCGAAUCGACACAUCGGUCCCCAUAGAGGAAACUAUGGGGGAACUGAAGAAGUUGGUGGAAGAGGGAAAAGUGAAGUACAUUGGCUUGUCUGAGGCUAGCCCUGACACCAUACGGAGGGCGCACGCAGUUCAUCCCAUCACGGCCUUACAGAUGGAGUGGUCACUCUGGACUCGCGACAUCGAGCAAGAAGUUGUCCCACUUUGUAGGGAGCUCGGAAUUGGCAUCGUUCCGUAUAGCCCUCUUGGUCGUGGGUUCUUUGGCGGCAGAGGAGUCACAGCAACUGUGCCGGCACAUCUUUCUCCAGAACUGUAUCCCAGGUUUCAAGCAGAGAAUAUGGACAGAAACAAGAUUCUCUACGCUCGAAUUGAGAAGUUAGCAAAACAGCACGAUUGUUCCCCUGUACAGCUUGCGCUCGCAUGGGUACUCCAUCAAGGAGAUGGUGUUGUGCCUAUCCUCGGAACGACCAAGAUAAAAAAUCUCGAUAAUAACAUCGGUUCCUUGGGAGUGAAGCUCACGGAGGCAGACGUGAAAGAGAUCUCAGAUGCUAUACCUAUCGAUGAAAUUGCCGGCGACAAGCUUGUCGACCACUUUGCUCGCUUGUCAUGGAAGUACGCGAACACACCCCCAAUAGAUGGGAAAUUCUCAGCAUCCUAGGCUUCUCUUUUGCUUCUUGUAAUUGAGUUCAGGAAAUGAAUUUCUGAAUAGCUUAGUGAAAAAUACAACAAAAACUAGGCAAGUCUACGUUAUUGGCUUUGUUGAAGGGUAGUUCAGUCUUUUCAUUGUUAGUGAGCCCUAACGCUCACACUCUAUAUGAUGAUGUAAUUUGUCAUUUUUCUCUUGUUUCAUUGUUUAUGAGUCCUAUCCAGUGCGAUGCUUGUCAAUUUGGCAAACAUCAUCGAGUAUCUUUUCCUUCCCAUGUCCAGUGUCAAGUCCUUUUGAAUUGGUCUAUUAUGAAAUUUGGGGAACCUAUCGUGUCAAUGAUAUAUCUAGUUAUA